UCGCCCCGGGAUCGGUCGUCCUCACCGCCACGAUUGAGCUCGCCACAGCGAACGCGCGGCCGCGAAGCUGGCACGCGCGCCGCCUUGACCGGCACGGGUACAUAGAUAUGGGCUCGGGCGCCCUACCACCGGCACCCGAUCGCUGCUUUCUAGAGCCAGCCGCUCCCGGGUCUGCUCGCUACACCUGCCCAGGUACGCCGCAAUCGGAUGGUGCAGAGUAUGACAUCCCGUCUGUCUCCACGAAGAUGUUCUUCUUAAGCAAAUCGGUCAACGCUAAGGAUGUUCUCGAGGACAAGAAAGAUGACAGCGAGCUGUGGGAGGCGCAGGCUGCCUUCCUCGGCCCCAACCUCUGGGACAAGACGCUUCCCUACGACCCAGAUCUCAAGGUACACGAAUACGUGGACCUAGACGAGUUCCUGUCGGAAAAUGGAAUGGCCGGCGAGGCGCUCGGUGGUGCGCAUCUUGGUGGCUCCGCGUUCGGCGCCGGCGCGGGGCUGGCGUUGGGUCUUCAGCCGCCCGUCACCAAGCGCGAGCGGUCACCUUCACCCUCCGACUGCAUGAGCCCCGACACCAUCAACCCGCCGCUCUCGCCCGCCGACUCCACAUUUUCAAUGGCGUCGUCGGGUCGCGACUUUGAUCCGCGGACGCGGGCUUUCUCCGAUGAGGAGCUUAAGCCGCAACCCAUGAUCAAGAAGUCGCGGAAACAGGUAAAUGAUUUCGUGCCCGAUGACCUGAAAGACGACAAGUACUGGGCGCGUCGUCGGAAGAACAACAUGGCCGCCAAGCGGUCACGUGACGCGCGACGGAUGAAGGAGAACCAGAUCGCUUUGAGAGCCGGAUACCUCGAGAAAGAGAACAUGGGCUUGCGACAAGAAGUGGAGCUACUGAAAAAGGAGAACCACAUCCUGCGCGAAAAGCUCUCCAAGUACGCGGAUGUGUAGGCGGCCGAGGGAACCGCACAAAUACACACAACACCAUAUGAACAGCGUCGCCGCCCCGCUCCGCGCCGCGCCGCCGGCGAGCCCUGGCCUCGGCCCGCUCGCCCGGAUCUCAGCGCGUCCAGUGACCGCGGACCCCGCCUCAACGUCCACAUCUGAUAUUUCCCACUUUAUGUUCAAUGUUAUUCGUUAAGAAUCGUUAUACAGUUACCAUAAGUUAAUUUAGAGUAGGCGAUAACCAAAGUUCCCAGGCGGACGGUAGUUUCGGACCGGGCGGCGGCGCUCGUGGACACCGCCGAUACUUUGCUCAAGUGGCGUCUCGCGUCACGCCCGCGCAAGUGUAGUGGCUGCGUCUGUAUAUAGGUAGUCGUAAUUCUGUGGCCCCACAACGAAGCCCCGGGGCCCCGGCCGUCUCGGGCGGACCCCGAGGGUGCUUUACGAAUAUUUUAGAGCAUAUUUUGAAAAGACUUAUUUAUAACGAGGGGGCGACACGCGGGCCUCGGCCGGGCCCAGGCUCGCGUGUCGAAGGCGGCGCCGGGCGCGCUCCGACCCGUCCGUCUCCCACCUCGGGGCCGCGCCCGCCGCCGCCCACGCCCCACCCGCUUGUUCCACCCGCUGAGAUUAGCCGCAGCGCGAACACUAGUUUCGUUUGAGUAAUCAUAGUGAUAGUCUAAGUAGACCUGUAGGUAGCGUAGCGUAGUUGUUAUUAGAAUAUUUUUGUUAUGGCUGUAGUUGUUAACGUUUCGAAAGUUUAUAUAUAAUUUGGUUUAGUUUUAAAGUCGCGGCCGGCGCCCACUGCACGACCGCAUCUCCGCACUCUGUACGACUCUCGCUAAUCUUAUAUAUUAUAUUUUUGUAGAUUUUUGUCGUUGAUAAAUGAGUCAAUUGUAUGUUUAUUGAAUUGAUAAAAUUAAUGUUUAUGAAGUUAAGACUAAGAAGUUGUUGCAUUUGAAAGUAUUUUAUGACUUGGAGCGAGAACAAUCAAAUGAUUUUUAUAAAUGUUUACAUUAAAUGAACUGUAUACUUGUUUGUUCGGAGCCGAGAGCGGGGGCCCGAAGCGCCGUGGGUCCCCGUGGGGCGCCCCACGGGGGCUCGGAGGUGCCCCGCGCCCCGCGUCUCGAGCGCUUCACUACCGCGCUCCGUGACAUUUGAUAUUUCCACUUGUUUGUUGAACAUAAUAUUAUUGUAUACAUUAAAUUAUUACCCAGAUAUUAUCGUGUACUAUACUUUUACAUACGUAUAUAAAGGUUUUACCAUAAAUUUGUAACAAAUGUAUAAAAGGUGUACGGUGUAUGUGUAGCAGCAGCCGAGUGUAUGUUUAUUUGUUAGUCCUGAGUUGCGCAAGGCUCGUCUCCGCGUCUCACUCGCACCGGUCGGUCGCCACCAGCCGACGACACAAACCAUAUUCAUGUACCCGUAGUAUUUUUUCAUUUUAUUUAUAUGGUUCUAUGGAUUAAAAUAAACGUUAAUUGUUGUA